AUGGCACCGACGCCUCAGGAUCCGAUAUGCAGCCCGCCAUUUCAAUUCUUUCAAUGUCAAAACAAUGGCUUCAAUGGAUGCUGCACCAUUGAUCCUUGCGCUCAAUCGUGGUGUCCAAACUUUGCUGAACCAAACCAAGCGUACCAAAAUGCGAACGCAGUGUCUCCACAGUCAAUCACUAUCCCAAUUCCAACCUCUCCAACACAAACUUCAGCUGUACUUACAAUAUCUCAGUCAGAAGCUGCGACGAAUAAAGGAUUGCUUUCGACUUCGUCAAAUUCCAAUGUGGUCACCGUCUACGCCACUUCAGAGGUGUAUGUGACUUCCCAGCAAACCAGCCCAGCUUUACAAAGCAUCAUAAUUUAUCCUACGAUAAUGGACUUGUCAAUGUCGACUAUCCAGACUGUCUCUGUAUCCACGCAAACCAAAACACGCUAUCAGUUGCCAACGGCUACUGUGACUAUGCCGGCCCUUCCAAAGCAGAGUCUUGACUUCAAAUCGAAGCCUCAGCCUGUGCGGUCGUAUGCAAGUCGGCACAAACGGGAAAUACUUUCGGGUACUUUCGGAGGUAUAGCAGGAAUUAUGCUUGGAAUUGGAAUGAUUUGGUGUUUCCUCCAAUGGAAUAGGAAACGGAAAAUUCAAAAUCUAAGAGCUGAGCAGUUCGACGACCAUCCUGCGUUAGCAGGAAGAGAUGCUAAUCGAGCCGGAGAGCUGCUUGCCAACGAUCAAAGUGAAACCAGUACGACAGAAGACUCGCCGUCGCCGCCAAACAAACCACCGGGGGAGCUUGCAAGGUGGAUGGCUGUUAAAUUCACUCGAAUGCCUAAGCGUCCGAUAACCAGAAUACCCAAGUCGGAUCCUUCUAUGCCAUCGUUGACACAAACGCGAAGUUCUAUACCGAAACCGACAUCACCUCAGCAAACAACACGUGUGCAUAGAAGGCAACCCCAAUCCAGACCAGGCAACGUGCAAGAGCGCUGGCGUAAUCCCGAGAUCCCUAAGAUGUGGGUGAUAGGCAAUAGCGAGAGGCCUAAGGGAAACAUUCCUCAGUCGGCGGAGCCAGAUGCGAUAAAGCCAUCCAGGAAUACAGCCCCGGCAUUAGCGGGUCCGCGAGGCGAAAAUCGCAACAAUUAUGUUGACUGCCUGAGUACAAUAGAUGAAGGGGAAAGAGAAGGAAGCGAGGAACCCGAGCAAAAUGCAGAAAGUUCGAGAACAGCGGAGUUACGUGGAAAUGGUUAA